AUGUCAAACAGCAGAAAGCAUCAAAGAAUUCAUCACCAUCUUAAGCAAAAGCACAAGUGCUCACUGUGUAAAGUAACAGACAGUUAUACUACACGGCUUCCUCCAAGGAGAUUCAAAUCUGUUGUCAGUAGUCAAAUUCGAGACAUGAUUGAAGAUGACACGACGACACAUGCGAUUCGAAAAGAAUUGAUUGAGAUUUUACCGAAACAUAAGAAUGAAUUGACGGACAGUUUGGUUCGUUCUCAUAUCAAGACAGAAAGUGGCAUUCUGAGUAGUAAAGAGUUAGAGGAACUCAACCGAAAGGAGGGUGGCCUCAAAGAAGAAGAAAAGGUAGCGAUUGAAUUUGAGCAUAGUCUGUUUGUAGAUGAGGCUGACUUUGUGGUUGUCAAUGACACACAUAUUCUCAAUUUGAACAUCAUGUGUGCAAUUACUCGCAAAGGCUUAAAGCGUUUAUCGGUGUGUGUAAAUAAUAGACAGUGUGCACGAUAUUUUACUCGCUCACUCUUGAAAAAAUAUGACAAGAAGGGUAUUCCAGCGCAAGUAGUAGUCAUUAGGGGACAAUUUUCUGACAUGGCAGAAGUGGAGAGAUUGUUUCAUGCAAGGCUGAAUGCACACCAAUUAAUCUAUUAUUGCAUGGAAAACAAAGUCACUCAUCCUGCAAGUAAAUAUAUUCGUAAACUAAUAGCACAUAUGCCAAAAAAAAUUAAAUUUGAGGAUAUCAACAGCGUGUUUGAACAGGCUGAAGCCCACAUCCCACAACGUCAAUGCGAAAAAUGGAUAAGGAAAGUGAUGAAACGUGACUGCGUUUAA